UAAAACCCUGUUAAACGCAAAACAGCAGAUGGAGAUAAUAACAACAACCCUGAUCUUAGCCCUAUGCAAGACCCUAACCCUGACCUUGCCAUUACCCUUCAUGAAAACAAAUCUUCUCCUUCCCCACUUAAGUUCCAUCGAAUAUGGUCUGAUUCGGAUGAAAUUCAAUUGUUACAAGGUCUUAUUGAUUCCACAAAGAUGGGUUUGAUUUUCCCUCGUGAUCUUGGGCUCCUUCAAUUCUCUAAAGGAUCCAUGUCUAAAUCUUAUACCAAAAAUCAACUCUAUGAGAAACAUCGUCGAUUACGUGAGAAAUUUCGUGUUAUUUCUGAAAGAAUCACUCGAGGUCUUGAUUUUUCACUUCGUGUUAGCUCGCAGACUGAGGGUUUACUCGAUGUGGACUUCUAUAGAAUCGCUAAGACCAGCAACUUUAAAAGAAUUUGGAAGAAGACUACAGAGAAAUCAGAUCGAAGGAGUAACAACAACUUCAUAAGCAAAUUGGAUCAAACAUGGAAGGAAGAGCAAUCAGAUUUUGGAUGACGUGGUGUGUAAGUGGUUGCCAUGGCGACCCAUCUUCAUCAUCUCUUUCUUUCUUAACAAUGCUGCUUCGAAAAACUUCUUGAUACCCUUCACAGAAGAACCUUCCAGACCUUCAUCUUCUCUGAUGGCAUUCUUAAUCAUCUCCCUAAUU